AUGCCCUCCGACCCGGCGGCGGCAGCGGCGACAGAGCCAGCACCCUCUUCCAUUCUCAUCAUCGGCUCCGGCGUCUUUGGCCUGACCACAGCCUACGAGCUCGCCCAGCGCCCCCGCUACGCCUCAACAAAGAUCACAGUCCUCGACCGCUCUCCGAUCCCCGGCCCCAGCGAGGACGCCGCCUCCGUCGACUCCUCACGCAUCAUCCGCGCAGACUACGCCGACCCGGCCUACGCGACCCUCGCCGCAGAGGCUCAGACCGAAUGGCGCAAGACCUCCCACCCUUCUGACCUCGGCGCAGAGGGCCGCUACAGCCAAUCCGGCCUCUGCCUCGUCGCCGACCCCAUCGCCACGGCCUCGACCUCGUACUUUUCCUCCUCCUCCUCCUCCUCCGCCUCAGCAGCAAAGACCAACGCCGACGCCAAGCAAAAUGCCAAGAAGACGUCUCUCGAAUACGUCCGCGAAAGCUACAACAACGUCGUCUCCCUGGCAGGCAAGGACGGCGACAAGAUCAUCAAGGAGCUGCCCACGCCCACAGCCAUCAAGGACUACCUCGGCACCCCCGAGGCCCCCGGUACAUGGGGCUACAUCAACCCUCUCGCAGGCUGGGCCGACGCCGGCGCCUCAAUGUCCUACCUCGCGCGUAAAGUCGUGGCUCUCAACCGCGUCACCUUCAUCUCGGGCGUCGCGACCCGCCUAAACUACACACCCGACAAGUCGACCGUCACAGGCGCAACCCUCCAAGACGGCUCCGUCCUCUCCGCCGACCUCGUCGUCGUCGCAGCCGGCGCCUGGACCGGCGCUCUCGUAGACCUCUCCGGCCAGGCCAUCGCCACGGGCCAGGCCGUAGGCUACAUCGACAUCACCCCAACCGAGCUCGAGGUCCUCCGCAAGAUGCCCGUCACCCUCAACUUCAGCACCGGCCUCUUCAUGAUCCCCCCCUCAGGCCUACAACUCAAAGUCGCCCGCCACGCCUUCGGCUACCUCAACCCAACCGCCAUCCCCCACCCAUCGCCCCAAACCCCGUCCUCGACAACCUCAACAGUCUCCCUCCCCGCAACCCACCUCACCGACCCCAACCUCAAAUUCCCCGCCGAAGGCGUCGCCGCCCUCCGCAAAGCCGUCCGCACCAUCGUCCCCAUCCCCGCCAUCCACGACCGCCCCUUUGUCCAGACCCGCCUGUGCUGGUACACCGACACCCAAACAGGCGACUUCCUCGUCUGCCACCACCCUUCGGCGCGCAACCUCUUUGUCGCCACCGGCGGCAGCGGCCACGGCUUCAAGUUCUUGCCAGUCCUCGGUCGCGAAAUCGUAAACGUGCUCGAGGGCCGCGGCGACGAGGGAUUUACCGAAAAGUGGCGGUGGAGGGAGGUCAAGAGCAAGGCGGAUGUGACGGAUCUGUACGAGCAUAUCAUGACGGAGGACGGGAGCCGAGGCGGUAUCCCUGGUCUCUUGCUGAAGCAGGAGCAAGCUAAGUUGUAG